CUGCGUUACAGGAACUCAAAGAGACCAGAGACGGAGGUGGAUGCGCUAUCUCCCUAAAACCAACGUACCCAAACCCGUGCGCACCUCUCCUUGCGAGCGCCCAUGCACCUCCCCACCAUUUUUUAAAUAAAUGAAUUUGGCUGGGGCUGGACCCCUCCCACUUUGUGUAUGCUCUUAAUUGUCAGUUUUGACGAAAGCUUGGGUAUUUAAAUAGCGUCAACGUCUCUUGUAUGGGUGGAAUUGGUGAAGUUGUUACAGAGCGCAUCUUACCCGACGUUUUUCACCUGCUCUACCGCGGAUCGAUAAGCAUGCAGGUGUCUCUCGCGCUCCUCGUCUCCAGCACGGGGCUGCUGCUGCUACAGGGAUGUUGUACGGUCGUGCAGGGAUGGAGGGUACUAAAAAACGAUGCUACAGAAAUAAUACCAGAAUAUACUGAGAACGCACAGCCUCCCGAGCAACCAAUACUACAGGCUUCUAAUAAUAACAGUAAUACAAUGAAUCGACCAAAACACGGGGGAAGAAGAUCAUCAGCAAACAGAGCCUCUUAUAGUGCCUCGGAGCUGAGCUGCAGGGAGCUGCGCUCCACCCGUUACAUCACUGACGGCUCCUGCCGCAGUGCCAAGCCCGUCAAGGAGCUGGUGUGCUCGGGUCAAUGCAUGCCCGCCCACCUCCUACCCAACUCCAUCGUGCGCGGCAAAUGGUGGCGGAGCAGCGCCUCUGACUACCGCUGCAUCCCGGCCCACUCCCGAACACAGCGGGUGCAGCUGCAGUGCCCCAACGGCAACUACCGGGCUUACAAAAUCCGCGUGGUCACCUCCUGCAAGUGCAAACGCUACAGCCGCCACCACAACCAGUCAGAGGCCAAGGAGAGCUCCUCAGAGGCCAAGCCCAGACGAGACAAGAAACGCACCCGGCUGCCUGGGAGUCGGAACAAAAGCAACACACCGACACUGGUCAGCAAUUCAUACUGAGGAUGCUCUUCCUUCCUUCGUACACGGACAGAGACCAAAGCAGUACACACGCACAUGUUACACACAUCCAACACGGCUCCUUCACUGGAAGAGGGAGAAGAAGAGCCUUUUCAACAAAUAAAAGGAUUUGUAAAGCUGUUUGUUGGACUGAUUUGACACAAGUCUUUCUCACCAGAGAGGCACUAUAGAUUUUGCAGCCUAUUUUACAAAAUAUUUCAGAACUUUUGAUUUGCAUGACCAAAUGAGUCGACAAAAUGCCAGGGAAGGCCAUGUGACUGGUCAGGAAAGGUGGAACACUGCUAGGAUGGGAGUGUACAGUAUUAUACAUGUUCCGGUUCGUAGCUAACAGCCUCUGACUCAGACACUAAGAGUAUCUAUCCACCUUCGCCACAGCAAGAGGUGAACCUAAACUCAAACCCCACCUGUCAAAACAUCCACCGGGCAGGCUACAUUGCCUGAUAGGCCUAUAGGGUUGAAAAGUGUGUCUGUGCUCUAACUGUGCUCUAGCGCCUCUAUGGCUGGGUGUUCUGUACUGAGCAGCCUGUGGCAGCCCUUGGGCGUCCUGGCUAUGAAGGUGGGCUGCUGACAGGCCCUGGCCUCGACCCCAGACCACGCAGCCUCCUGACAGCCCGGGGAGCACCGCACUCACCAGGAGCCCCCCCAGGGUCCUCCUCACUCCAUAGCAGCAGUAUAGGAGCUGUCAGUUAAGGCCCCUGGCCCAGUGGCCCUAGUGGCCCGUGAUGGUGAAAGAGAUAGGGGGAGAGAGAGGGGUGGGGAAUGGUUGUGUCAGCACUCCAAGACCAGGGUGCCUGCGGUCAAACAGGUGACUGAGCAUUCCAGUGACCCGUCUUAAUGACUAAAUGAGCCCAUUCCUGUGUUUAAGAUUUGAGUCAUGAAAAGCCAUUUCCUCUAGACAUGGCUAGUUCCUGUUUGCUGAAACCACACAGACACACAAAAGAUCCUCAUGUGUAGAGGAGGCUCCAGCAAUUGUGCCUGUUGUUACCUUGAGGCACAGCAUUCUAUACUCAUCUACACCCUGAAUGGAGACUAUUUGUUAGAAGCAAAUAGCAUUGGUAACCAACUAGCCGUAUCCCUAUUCUAUUCAUUGAGAACCUAGAUGGUGAGGGAGAGAAAACAACUCCACUUCUCUGACUAUCAGCCCUACACUGUAAAUAGCAAUUAGUUCUGCUAACAAUUUUUUUGGAGGGUGGAAACCACUCAACUUAAACUAUACAGUGUUCAAUACUUAAAGUAAUAAAGUGACAUCAUCACCCAUAUUGUUAUAUUUUUAAGUUGUAAAUACUUAACUGUUUUGGGUUUUCUGAAAUAUUUGACACAAAAUCAUAUUAUGUAUUCUGAACUAUAAAAAUGGAAGUUAUUUUAGCAUGAAUAUUUGUUGUAGGGAACCUAAACAUUUCGGGUCCCUUCUACUUACAUUUUCAAGUGCACGUAGUAAGUAGUUCUGAUAAGUAAUUUUCAGCGGUCGUGUCUAACAUUGUUUUAUGUAUUUGACAAUUUGUCAUUUUAACCCACCUUAGCAGGCAUUGUUGAGCACAGUGCUCAUUCCUCUAGCAGUAACUGGAGGUAGAGUUUUAAGCAUGACAGGAUUCUGCAUUUGCCUCUGUCAAUCGGAGUGACUGUUGAUAGUGGCAAUUUCUUGUCUCAUUAUUGAAAGUAUAUUUUCCCGAUGGUUUUGAUAUCGUUUUCCAUAAUCUGUUACACUUCACAGCACAGAAAACUGCUUAAUACCAUUUUAGAAAUGUACUUUUCUUUCUUCAAACAUGCAUACAACAUUGUGUAAAAGUACUGUAUCAUAAAGUACUUUUUAUUUUAUUACCAACAAUCCUAUACAAACAGAGCCAUGUGGCAUUAUUAGGUAUUCAUAACUUGCAAAAAUACGUAACAAUUCUAUAUCAGCACAAACACAGAUAAAUCAAGUGUUUUUUGCUCUAAUAUCCAUGUCUACUACUUUAUUAUUUUAAGUAAAUUUUCAUUUUACCUUUAUUUAACCAGGCAAGUCGGAAAAUUCUUAUUUUCAAUGAUGGCCUAGGAACAGUGGGUUAACUGCCUGUUCAGGAGCAGAACGACAGAUUUGUACCUUGUCAGCUCGAGGGUUUGAACUUGCAUCUACAAGUGGUUGCAUCUACAAGUGGUUGCAUCUACUAGUCCAACACUCUAACCACUGGGCUACCCUACCAAGUAACAACAAUUUGAGUAAUGUUUAAUGUUAGAUUGACUUUAAAAUAUUAAAUAAUCAUUACUUGUAACGUCUCAAUAUCUUCAGAUUAGCAGAACACAAAUAAAUGAAGUUAUAUUUACUCAAUAACUUAAUAUUUGUUAACAGUUCUUAAAAAUAUUAAGUGGCAUAUGAGUUAGUACCACUUCUAAAAUUGUUGUUCUACUUACCGUUGGAAAUAUUUGAAUAGCCACUAAUCAAUUUAUUUAAUGAGUAAGACAGUUAAUUUUUACAGUACAAUCUCUGAAUAGAACUGACAAGAAAGAUAGGAAUGAGGUAAAAGACUGAAACUAAAUCUGAAUUGUUUUAUAUUGGCUGCUGCUAUCCCGCAGGAGGGAUGGAGACAGACAGACAGACAGACAGACAGACAGACAGACAGACAGACAGACAGACAGACAGACAGAGACAGACAGACAGGAAAAGGUUCUGGAUCCCCAAUUUGCCCAUGCUGACAAACCCAUUCCCCUUUCUCAUCCCUACUACAGUCUGACCUGUAUUUAAUUAAGAGUACUAUGAACCUUUCAGCUUAUUGUCCACAUUCCGUUGUGCCAUUCUCUCAUAAUACUUCCUUGUUUUGGUGUUCUAAACUGUACUGACAAUGUUUGCUUCUUGUUCAAUUGUGUGUUUGAAAUAGCAACUGGAAGGGAUUUUGUCAUGUAAGCAGAGUUGUCCGUGUAUAGCCUGAUUGUACUUUAGAGACUCAAAGAAGGACUGCUACAAAGAAUAAACUGCAUAUUUAUAUUUUAUUUCUACAUUUAAAUUAUUUAUGCAACUUGUAGUAAAUGAUGAAGCCAUUAUUGUCACAUAAAAUAAUAGUGACUUUCAGAUAAUAAUGAAAUACUGUACAGUACAAUAAUAAAGUAGAGGCAGGUUUAUUUGAAA